ACCCCUGACUUCACCUGUCCUGUCCGCGUGACGUAUAUAGGCUCUGGGGGACCGGUAUCCGAAGGCGGAUCUCCGAGGCGGCGCCAUCAGCGCAGUACCUAAGGUAGGAAGGGCCCGCCCGCGGCCGGCUGUACAAGGAGACGCGGCGGGAAGACGUGGCGGGAAGUCCCCGCGGCCUCGGGACUCGCUGACCAGACGAGCCGCCGUGGCCGCCUCGUGACAGGUCAAGGAAGAUGAAGAAGAGAAGGCAUUUGGAUUUAGCAAUUAAGAAGUCAUUGGUGGUAAAUGAAGUAGCAAUUUUCAUCUUAAAUAGGGUAUUUACAUGAGAAACAUGGUGACACUAAUUCAUACACUAGCAGAUCAUGGUGAUGAUGUCAACUGCUGUUCCUUUUCUUCUUCCCUUUUGGCUACUUGCUCCUUGGACAAGACCAUUCGUCUCUAUUCAUUAAAUGGCUUUAAUGAACUUCCAUAUUCUCCACUAAAGUAUCACACAUAUGCUGUCCAUUGCUGCUGUUUUUCACCCUCAGGACACGUUUUAGCUUCCUGUUCUACAGAUGGUACAACUGUUUUAUGGAAUACUCAAACUGGACUCAUUAUGGCAGUGUUGAAUCAACCCAGUGGCAGUGCUGUAAGGGUGUGCAGAUUUUCUCCAGAUUCUACAUAUUUGGUGUCAGGAGCAGCUGAUGGCACUGUAGUCUCAUGGAAUAUGCAGACACAUAAGUUGUUUAGAUGUGGUAGUGUUAAAGAUGGUUCCUUGGUGGCCUGUGCAUUUUCUCCUAAUGGAAGCAUCUUUGUCACAGGAUCGUCAUGUGGAGACUUAACAGUCUGGGAUGAUAAAAUGAGGUGUUUAUAUAGUGAAAAAGCACAUGAUCUUGGAAUCACUUGCUGUGAUUUUUCUUCACAGCCAAUUUCUGAUGGUGAACAUGGCCCCCAGUUUUUCCGAAUGGCAUCAUGUGGUCAAGAUUGCCAGAUAAAACUCUGGGUUACUUCACUUACAGAUUUCUUAGGUUUUGAAUUGAAGUAUAAAUGUACACUGAGUGGACACUCUGCUCCAGUUCUGUCUUGUGCUUUUUCUUAUGAUGGUCAGAUGUUAGUUUCAGGAUCUGUGGAUAAAUCUGUGAUUAUAUAUGAAUCUAAUACUGGGAGUAUACUUCACACUUUGACUCAACAUACCAGGUAUGUUACAACCUGUGCCUUUGCACCCAAUAUUCUUUUACUUGCUACUGGGUCAAUGGACAAAACAGUGAACAUCUGGCAGUUUGAGCUGAAAUCACAUUGUCAAGCAGGUAGGCCAGGAGAUGAACCAAAGCAAUUUAUUGAAGAUUGGUCAGAGGAAGAAGUUUCAUUGUGGCUUUGUGCACAAGGUUUAAAAGACCUUGUUAGUAUUUUCAAGAUGAAUAACAUUGAUGGAAAAGAACUGUUGAGUCUUACGAAAGAAAGUCUGACUGAUGACUUAAAAAUUGAAUCUCUUGGCCUACGAAGUAAGGUAUUAAGGAAAAUUGAAGAGCUGAAAGUAAAGGUGGAAUCCCUUUCUUCUGGAAUUCCAGAUGAAUUCCUAUGUCCAAUAACGAGAGAACUAAUGCAAGAGCCUGUCAUUGCAUCAGAUGGAUAUUCCUAUGAAAAGGAAGCAAUAGAAAAUUGGAUCAGCAAAAAGAAGCGUACAAGUCCUAUGACUAAUCUGGUUCUUCCUUCACUGGUACUGACACCAAAUAGGACUCUGAAAAUGGCCAUUGAUCGCUGGCUGGAGACUCAUCAGAAAUGAAACUAUUUAGGUGUAUUUAAUUACAUUCUUUUUCCAAUGAGGUAAAUUUUAGUAGCUUUAAAGGAUGAGAUAUAUGAAUUCAAAAAGUUAUAGCCAAACAGAGAGAAGUUAAGUUUUGUUUAACUAAAGUUACUAUAUUUUGUCUUUAAAACAUAUUGUGAAUUAAAUUCUGUAUCCAACUUUA